CCCCCUUUGCUCUGCUCACCUUAUCCUUUACAUCACUAGUCACUUCCUCUAUGAUGACACUCAACUCCGCCUUCUGUGGUGACACCCUGAGACUUCCUUUCCUACCUGCAGGCUGCUGGUAGCUUCUGCACUGCCAACUUCCUCUUCUGACUCUCCUCAUGACUCUUCAGACUCAAUCUCCAACUCUGCUCCUAAAGGGCAUGGAAGAGCAAGAGCUUCCUUAUGUGUUAAUCGACACUAUAGGAGGGACAUACGGAGUGCAUGAGGAUCAUGUCGAGUUUCUGAAGAAACAUUUUAACCUUAUCACCAUGAAGGAAUUUCUUGAAAACAAAAACCGUCUUAGUGAAAAGAUCAAAGCUAUUUAUAUGUGGUGGCACAAACCAGCUGCUAACCAGGAGCUUCUCCAUAGUCUGCCUAACUUAAAGGUGAUUGCAACCUCUGGGGCAGGACUGGAUCAUUUGGACUUGAAACUGAUCUCCAGCUUUGGAGUGAAAGUUGCCAACACUCCCUUUGCUGUUUGCAAUGUCACUGCAGAUCUGGGGAUGGCUUUAAUGUUGGCAUCUGCCAGGAGACUAGUGGAAGGUUGUCAGAUUGCAGUUUCCCCAAACACUGAGCAUUUUGCUGAUGGCUUGCUGGGAGAUGACGUCACCGGGGCUACCCUUGGUAUCAUUGGAAUGGGCAGUAUUGGAUAUAUGGUGGCCAAGAGGGCCAAAGCUUUUGAAAUGAAAAUUCUUUAUCACAACAGGAACCAGAGAAAAGAGGAAGAGGAACGGGCUGUUGGUGCCAUUUAUUGUAAAAAGAUAGAAGACUUGCUCCAGCAGUCAGAUUUUGUGAUGCUGGUUGUGAAGCUGACGCCUCAGACAGACAAACUGUUUGGGAAGAAGGAGUUAGAACUGAUGAAACCUACUGCUACUCUCAUUAACAUCAGCAGAGGUCCAGUGGUUGAUCAAGAUGCAUUGGUGGAAGCACUUCAAAAUGGGGUUAUUAAGGCUGCUGCUUUAGAUGUGACAUACCCUGAACCUCUGCCAAGGCACCAUCCUUUGUUAAAAUUAAAGAACAUUAUUAUAACUCCUCACAUUGGAAGUGCUACUACAAGUUCUCGUCGCCUCGUGAUGAAGAAUAUGGUUGAAAGCAUAUUGGCUGCUCUUAAUGGUCUCCCUAUCCCUAAUGAAGUGAUUCCCUAAAAUGACUUGCAUUUGGCAAAACUUUAAUGUUUAUGAUAACAAGAAUAAACUGUCA